GGUUUGCACUCGCCCGAGGUUGGCCUACAUAUAUUUGUGGUUCUUAAUGCAGUUUAUCGAGUUAUGCUGUAAAGCGAUUGGGAAGGGUUAGAAUUCUUUGCAAUGUCGAACAUUGAAAAUACUAAUCAUGGCGACCCGUCUUUCCAAAGGCUUUUGACUUGCCUUGAACAGAUUCGUCAUAAACUUGAUAGACGUGAAAAUGAUAACCAAUUCUUCUGCAACUACUUCCAUAGUGAAGACUUUCGAAAACUUCUCAAGGUUCACAGUACUGUUUCAGAUGUAGAGUGUGGAAAAUCUGAAGCUGUGGAUAAAAGCACAGCUGAUCUUGCAGAACAGGUUGUGGAGAGUCUUCUACCUUUUACGAGUUUAAACAAAGAAAUUCAAGAGCUACAACAUAUUUUAAGGAAACCUCACUUGAAGGGGUUGCUACAGGCUUAUGAUUCAAUUGCAACAGCUGAUUUCACUUUAAUAGUCCCUGACGAUGAAGUGUCUUCAGAACAGUUGCUGUUUAACUUGGACAUGAAGCCAGAAAAAGAUGAGAUUAUUGUAGCUGUAGAAAACCAUGAAAUAGAGGAAAUGGAGGUUGAGAAGUAUAGUGACAUGGAUGAUGACAAGAAUACCAGUACUGUUCUUGUUGUUACUAUUAAUGAUGAGCAGAGCAGCAGUAGUGAUGAGACAGAAGAAAUAGAUGGUACUGAUGGUAACAAAAUAAAGGAGAACUCUGACGUGGAGACAUCCUUGGUGACUGUUGUAGACACAAGGAAUGCAGACCUGAGGAAUGAAAAUGCAGAUGCAUUCCACUUGAACUUGACUAUGACAAACAACAAGGAAUCUGCUUUUGAGCCAGUUGUAACUGACAAAACCAUUGAUAAUGAGAUGGAUGUCAUGGAAAGUGUCCAGAAUGUCCAUGUUACGAGGAGUGAUAACAAAGAACAUGUCAAGGAGACAAUUGUGCAUGUAGAGGGACACAAGGAGGAGGGUAUGAUGGCAGAGGCUUCUGACAAUGCUGUCAGGACUAUGAGGAUGUUCAGGAAUUCUAGAGAAACACUUGGGAUUACUGUAAAAGCUCUGAGGAGUGAAGGAAACACAGAUAGAAUUAUUGUUGCUCGAAUUCUAAGUGGAGGUCUGGCAGAUACCUUUGCUACCCUCUGUAUGGAUGACGAAAUCUUAGAAAUAAACGGCAGAUCAGUUGAGGGAAUGACUGCUAAUGAAGUUGCAGACAUGAUGGAUGGAGUUACUGGAAGUGUUGACAUCACGAUUUUACCAGCCAAGAAAGACAUGAAACUUACCAGAGAAACCAAAGUUAGUUUAAGAGCAUUCUUUGACUAUAACCCACUCCAAGAUCCACUGAUACCGUGCAAGGAGGUGGGCAUAGCUUUCAGCACUGGUGAUGUGCUUCAUGUGGUGAAUAUGGAUGACGCAAAUUGGUGGCAGGCUCGAAAGGAUGGAUACAGUCAUGACAAGGCAGGCCUUAUUCCAAGCAAGGAAUUUCAGGAAAAACGACAGCAGCUCAACAGGAUUGCUUCCUCAAAUGAUGUCACCUUGCCAAAAGACAAAAAUGGUAAACGAGCAUUGCCGUUCAAGAAGAUAGGAAGAAAGACUGAUUCAAACAAAAUUUUGUGCAAUUUCCAGCAAGAUGUGAAAGUGGAUGGUUUGCCUGCCUAUGAACCUGUAAUGAAAUAUUUGGAAACACCUGGGAAAAAAAGAUUGCUUUUAUUAAUAGGAGCACCUGGGGUUGGACGAAAUGAGUUAAAGAAGAUGCUACUCUCAAGCAGUCCUGAUAAAUUCAUAACAACUAUUCCUCAUACUUCAAGAGGUAUGAAGAGUUAUGAAGUAGAUGGAAGGGAUUACUUUUUUGUAUCACGACAAACUAUGGAGAAUUUUAUCCAGAAGAAAAAAUUCAUAGAGUUUGGUGAAUACAGAGGCUAUUUGUAUGGCACAUCAAAGGACUCCAUAAAGAGAGCCAUGAAAUCUGGCAAAGCCUGUGUCCUAAAGGUUCAACCAGAGGUGAUGUUGUUAUUAAGAACAGCAGAGUUUAAGCCAUUCUGUGUCUUUGUGAAACCUCCUCCACUGAAGGAACUCCGCACAUCAAGAUUGACAGUACAGCAAAAAGGCAAACCAGCUUCAGUUAAAUCCUCCAUGAGAACAUUCAAGGAAGAUGAGUUACAGGAGAUGAUCAGUGAGUCUAGUUUACUGGAAGAUACCUAUGGGCGAUUCUUUGAUCUGACAGUAGUGAACAAGGACAUUGAACAAGCUUAUGUCGGUGUGGUGGAUGCAUUUGAAAAACUUGAAAAAGAAGAGCACUGGGUUCCACUAGAGUGGGCACAAAAGAACUAAGAACAAAAGAGAGGCUUUCAUUGUAUUGUAGAUGUCUUGGUGUUAUCUUUCAUCCAUACUUAAUCAGUUCUUAACUUCGAGGUAUGCCUUCGUGUGACAUCAGUCCACUGUAAUUUUAAUCAAUUUGUUGUUAUAAAGAGACCCUCUUUCAGUUGUGAGUCGCUUUUAAUACACUCCUGGUUUAAAUGGAUCAAGUAUAGCUUUCCAACAUUGUGUUUUUUACAACACAUUGACAUUUGAAAAGGAACUGAACAUCGCUCACGUGCAGCACUUGAAGAAAUCUUAAUCUAGUCACCCUCCUUGGUGUAAGUUCAAAUAAUAACACACAGCUUAAUUUAAGGUGGCUCAAAACAGUUUCCAACACUUAAUCACUUGAUGCUACAAUCAUGAUAUCAAAAAACUGCCC